GCGGCGCGCUCGGUAUCGGCAGCGAUAUCAGUAACGGCCGCGGUAACGGUACCGGCAUCGGCAGUGCUAUCAAUAUCGGCAGCGCUAUCGAGCGACGAUGUGAGCGCCGGUGCCGGCAUGGCCGAGCCCGCCGGAGGGCCCGGGCAGCUCCCGCCGCCCGCGGGGCGCAGGAGGUGACGGACUCCCCAUGAGAGCCCCCGGCAGGCGAGGUGCUCGCGGGACGCCGGCGAUCGCUGUGUGCUGAGGCUGGCACAGAGACAUGAGUGGCAGCACGAGCCAGCGCGCCGCCGCCCUGGGGGUCCUCUUUGCCCUGAUCAUGUUGCUGAUCAUCUACAGCUCCGGCAACGGGAGCGAGGUGUUCCCCUACAGCCGCCUGCGGGGCAGAGCCCGCCGGCCCCCCGACCUCAAGAAGUGGGGCGUGAAAAGCGGGUACCUGCCUGUGUGCGGGAACAAGACCCUGACCGCCCGCUGCCACCAAUGCGUCAUUGUCACCAGCUCCAGCCACCUGCUGGGCACCCACCUGGGCACGGCCAUCGACGGGGCUGAGUGCACCAUCCGCAUGAACGACGCUCCCACCACGGCCUACAGUGCUGAUGUGGGCAACAAGACCAGCUUCCGUGUGGUGGCCCACUCCAGCCUCUACCGUGUCCUCAAGCGGCCCCAGGAGUUCGUCAACAAGACCCCAGAGACCAUGUUCAUCUUCUGGGGGCCGCCCACCAAGAUGCAGAAGAGCCUCCUGAAGAUCAUCCAGCGCGUCUGCGCCUCCUUCCCCAACAUGACAGCCUACGUGGUCUCCCCCGGCCGCAUGAAGCAGUUUGAUGAGCUGUUUCGGGGAGAGACAGGGAAGGACAGGGAGAAGUCUCGCUCGUGGCUCAGCACUGGCUGGUUCACCAUGGUGAUCGCGGUGGAGCUGUGCGACGCCAUCCACGUCUAUGGCAUGGUGCCACCCAGCUACUGCGGCCGCCACCCCCCACCCCGCCGCCUGCCCUACCACUACUACGAGCCCAAGGGUCCCGACGAGUGCACGACCUACAUCCACAACGAGCGGAGCCGCCGCGGCAACCACCACCGCUUCAUCACUGAGAAAAGGGUCUUUGCCAGCUGGGCCGGCCUCUACAACAUCACCUUCUCCCACCCCUCCUGGACCUAGGGGCUGCCCCACGCCUGCUGGGCAGCUGGGAUGGAUGGGGGGUUCCCUGCAUCCCCCUGGCAGUGGUGGGGUCAGGCGCCACAGGACCGCUGCUGUUGUGCAUGGUGGCUCCUGGCACCUGGGAUGUGUUGGGUUUUGAGCUGUGUUUUGGGGAUCAGGUGGUGAAUGUAAAACUUGGGGUGUCCCCCCCCUCCCUGUGCAGGAUACUUGGGGGUGAUAUCCUGCCCCAUCCUGGUCCAUGCACAUUGCAGCCCCUGUGAGGCUCUAAGGGGGUUCCAGGUCCCCUCGGCUCAGUUUUGGUUUGCAAAGCUUCUGGGGUCACCACAGAGACUUUCCCCCAACUGUCUGGGUGAGGAGACCCCUCUUGGAGCU